GUCCUAUACAAAGUGAUAACUGAACGUGUUUCCAUAAUAAUUCAAUCAUAUUUGAAUUAUAAUGCAUUGGUUUUAUAUGAAUUUCUGUAUGUUAAUAUUACUUUAACCUCUUGUUAAUUGAUACAGGUAACAGAAUCAUUACCGAGGGUGAAUAUGUGGAAAUGACUGGAAUCACCAAAGACAUGUCCGGCUCGUACGACUGCAUCACCUCAAACGACAUCUCACCUCCAGACGUGAGGACUGUUCAGGUUACUGUAAACUACCCACCUGUCAUUUCACGAGCUCAGAGCACAGGAACGGCUGUCGGCCAGAAAGGAGUUAUGUGGUGCGAGGCGUCUGCGGUUCCUCUGGCGGAUUUUCAUUGGUAUAAGGGGGAGCGCAGACUCCUCAACGGAUUCAAUGGGGUCAAGAUCGAAAACAAGGGUAAACAGUCCAUGCUAACAUUCUUUAACGUCUCCGAAGAGGAUUAUGGGAACUACACUUGUGUGGCCAUGAACACGCUGGGAAUAACAAACGCCAGCAUUAUUUUGUACGGCCCCGGAGCGAUACACAAUAUGAACAACGCAGCCUUAUCGCCAACCAGCUCAUUCUUGCUUCUAACUCUGGUUUUCACUCUCUUGGUCCUCAGCAAGUUUUGAUGCUAAAGCAGCGCAUCCACUUCUCCAUCCAAACACAGACUCACAGUCCCACACUCAGAGAAGGAGAGUACUUUAUCGGUUCUUAUCAUCAUCAUCAUCAUCAUCACCAUUUAAAUAGGUUUCCCUUAUCCUUUAUUUCUGAAGGGAAGUGUCAGUGUGGGUUUAUGGGUCUGUAAUAAGAUGCUUUGGGAUUUAACCGUGUUAUGAAACAGUGAACUGGAUUGUGAAUGGAGUCAGUUUGUUAGCUGGGUAGAAAUAAUAAUAGAAUCACUAUAUGUGUCUCUCCAACCUUUUGUAUGUGAAAAGAGAAGCAAAAAUUCAUGUAAUUGUGAAUAACUGAAUGGUUUUUUGCUCAGUAUUGAACAGUGUGACUUGAGAUUACUGGUGUGUCCUGUUUUCCUGUAAAAUAACAUGAUAUUCUUUCUUUUUUUUUUUUAAAUAAUUGCUAAAAAUGACAAACAGCAAAAAAUUAAGAAA